AAAAACAAGCACUACAAUUUUCAACUUGCAAACCAAAAAUUAGUAUCCAAACAAUGUUCUUAACUUCAAUGCGACUCCUCUUCUUUUAUGUAUUCUUUGUGUGGCUUAAAGCUUCACUAGCCACCAACAUUUUAGGAAAUGAGACCCAUGUUAUAGCAUUGCUUCAGUUUAAAGAAUCAAUAUCCAAUGAUCCAUAUGGAGUUUUAAGCUCAUGGAAUACUUCAAGCCACUUCUGCAACUGGCAUGGAAUCACAUGCAGCAUUAAGCAUCAAAGAGUGCAACAGUUGAGCCUUCAACAAUGUCAGUUGCAUGGCACAAUAUCUCCAUACAUUGGAAAUCUCUCUUUCUUGCGAACUCUCAACCUUGCAAGCAAUAGCUUCUAUGGAGAAAUCCGGGAGAUAGGUCGUUUGUUCAGAUUACAACAACUCUACCUCCCGGAUAACAAACUGACAGGAGAGUUUCCUGUCAGUUUGGCUAAUUGCUCGGAGCUAAGGCUUCUAAACAUGUCGAAUAACAGUCUCUACGGCCGAAUACCAAUGGAGAUUGGAACUCUUAAGAAGCUUCAAAAAAUGUUGAGUCUUAACAAGAAUAACUACUCUGGAGAAAUUCCAUCUUCCAUAAGGAAUAUCUCUUCUCUAAGUAUUCUUCCUAUGGGUUAUAAUUACUUAGAAGGGAAGAGAAACCUUGGAACUUUGGAUAUCUCCAAUAACUAUCUAUCUGGCCAGAUUCCUAUGACUAUUGGAAAGUGCACAAGUAUGGAAUAUUUAGACUUACAUGGUAAUUCUUUCAGUGACAUGAUACCUUCAUCAAUAGCUUCAUUGAAAGGCCUCUCUCAUUUGGAUCUCUCGCAAAAUAACUUAUCCGGAUCAAUUCCAACAGAUAUGCAGAGGCUUUCUUUUCUAACAUAUUUGAAUGUGUCUUUCAAUAUGCUAGAAGGGAAGGUACCAUUAGAGGGUGUAUUCAAGAAUGCAACUGCAAUUUCAAUUGUUGGCAAUAAUAAGCUUUGUGGAGGUGUCUUACAGUUACAUCUUGCACCAUGCCGCCAACGUUAUGGCAAGAACAAUCACCAUAAUUUGAAGCUAGCCAUAAUCGUAAUUUGUGUGGUUGUAUGCCUUACUUUGCUUUCAAUUGUUGUUGUUUUCUUGAGCAAGAAGAAAAAAAGAACAUCAUCUUUGACAGCAUCAACAAGUCAGCCAUCAAUGGUGUCAUACCAAAUCCUACAUCAUUCAACACAGGGGUUUACUACCAGUAACUUGAUUGGAUCUGGUAGCUUUGGUUCUGUGUAUAAAGGAUUCCUUGAAUCUGAACACAAGUUUGUCGCCAUAAAGGUGAUAAACCUUCAAAUGAGUGGAGCUCACAAGAGUUUCAUUGCUGAAUGUAAUGCUCUAAAAUUUAUCAGGCAUCGAAAUCUGGUGAAGAUUUUAACAUGUUGCACGAGCAUAGAUUAUAGCGGCCAAGAAUUUAAAGCAUUAGUGUUUGAGUACAUGCCUAAUGGAAGCUUAGAAAAGUGGUUGCAUCCUAGUGCUGAAAUCACAGAUAGGCUAUAUACAUUAGACCUUACUCAAAGACUAAAUAUUGUUAUCGAUGUGGCAUCUGCAUUACAUUAUCUUCACUAUGGAUGUGAACAACCUGUUGUUCAUUGUGAUCUAAAGCCAGAGAAUGUGGUUCUUGAUGAUGACAUGGUUGCUCAUGUGACUGAUUUUGGAUUAGCAAGGCUUCUCUCAAUGACUAAUGGUGAUCCUCAUAAUCAAUCUAGCACAACUGUGUUAAAGGGAACUAUUGGAUAUGCUCCUCCAGAGUAUGGAAUGAGUUGUGAGGUGUCAAUGCAAGGUGAUGUGUAUUCUUUUGGAAUUCUAGUAUUGGAAAUGGUGACCGGAAGGAGGCCAAUGGAAGAAAUGUUAAAAGAUGAUAACAAUCUUCAUAACUAUGUGAAGAUGGCAUACUCACACAAUCUUCUAGAGAUUACGGACUCAACUCUUUUGCCAAAACAAAUUGGAGAAGAAGAAAACUACACAAAGAAGCUAACCAUGUGUGUAUUUUCUCUAAUUAGAGUUGGACUUGCUUGUUCAGUUGAAUCACCGAAUGAAAGAAUGAACAUGGCAGAUGUCACUAGGGAGCUAAACCUUACCAAAGAUGUAUUUCUUCGAGAUUGAUAUAUAAAUGAAUGCUACUAAAUAAAUCUGUUCAAUAACAAAUAGGGAAAUGCAAAGUUUGCAACUUAUUAAUAGUAGAUUUGUAUGUUUUUGGUUGGAAUUUCCUUUAUUUAUCUGUAGAUUUGCCAUAACUUUUGUCUUCAUUGUCAACUUAUUAAUAGUUCCAUCUUUAUUCAACUCAUGAAUUAUGAUAGUGUAUUGGAGCAUUUUCAAUUAAUUAAGCCUUUUUACAAACAUAGGAAAUUUUCAGCCCAAUUAUUUGCUUAACUUUCAACAAUAAAGUUUGCAUUAAAGCACUAGGUUUUGCAUAAAAUUUGAAUCUCAAGAUGCAUCUCCAAGCACAAAUAAAAAAUAAAUAAGCCAACUUGUUCUAUGAUGCUACUCUAGAUUUUCAUUCGUAUCGUCAAUAAUUCUGAGCUACAAAACUGCCAACUCCAAAAUCUUUUUCUCCAUUGAAAAAAAAAA